AUGUGGGCAAUCGGGCUCGUCAAAAUUUCCAUUGGGCUGUUUCUCCUGCGGUUUGCCCCGCGACGGGGUUACAAGAUAUUCAUCUGGGUAGUCAUUGAAGAUGGAAGCUGUUUCAAUCAGUCCAUCCUGCUCUGUCUUCUCUAUUUCAUUUUGAGAUUAAAAACUCUCAUGUUUGAGUGCAAGGAUAUCAGGACAAUCUGGGAUGAGAAUGUUAAAUCACAGUGUUUCACAUCCACACAGCUCCUAGAAUUGAGCUACACCAAUACUGGUCUGAACAUCCUGACAGAUAUUAUAUUUGCCAUUCUACCAGCGAUAAUGCUACGUGCCUGCNCUGNAGCAAUCGUCAAGCUCUCCGUCCUACCCAACUACGGCCGCACCGGCGACCUCCUAUGGGAUUACUCCACCCUCACAAUCUGGGUCGUCGUCGAAUCCAACAUGGGAAUUAUAGCAGGCAGUCUACCCACUUUGAAGCCCCUGUUCAAGUCAAAUCCUGGCAAGCAGUAUCGACUACAAUCAAUAUCCCCAUCCUACCCACAGCCGUCCGUCCGCAGUAGACCUCUCAGCGUGCUCGACCCUGACGACUUGGAAGAAGGCGAUCCCCGUGCUGCCCAGAGGAACUCCAAGUACGGAACAACAACGACCAAAUACCACUACCGCGAUGGCAGCCACACCAGCGAGGAAUACAUACUAACACGUCAGGAAUCAGCGGGGAUCGUGCUCACGACAGAGGUGGUUGUCACACAUACGAUGGCGGAGGAGGUAAUACGAAAUAACCGAGGGAAAAGGACACAGUCACCCAACGAGAAGGCAUAA